AUGACAUCGCGUAAUCACAAUGACGACCACAUGAAUCUUUCGCCCUCUUCGAAUGAAAUUUAUUUGCCGGAUGAUCCUUCAACGCUCGGAGGGUCUUGGGAGAUUCAUGGACAAGGCGCCGUCGAUGAUGAUGGUUCCAGAAGCCGCCAUCAGGAAGACGAGACGCACUAUUUCUUCAAAGAUGAUACCCACGAGGAGAUUCCGACGGACAGUAGUGACUCGCAAGUCCAUGACCAUCACGACGACCAUAGAACAUCUACCUUUUUGGUUCCCGCCGACAUUCAUCCCAAUAUGGAGCAGUGUGACGAGGACAUUGCUCAGUUGCGUCUUUUGGCUGGCCGACUCAAUUCCGAGUGGGGAAGUCAGGAGUACAUGACACCAGCACUAUCCCGAAGAAUUCGCGACUUUCAGUUUGCCCAAGAAAAGAGACGAAAAAAGUAUGGUGAUGAGCGACCUUGGGGAAUUCUUGGUCUAUACGAACAUCUCUCUGCAAUUCGAAUUGACGUAGAAUGGGCGGAAGAUGCUGCUUGGAGACGAGCCAAUGGCCAACCCUAUUUGAGUUGGGCUGAUUUUGAUACAAGCAAAAGAAACGGCGUCAAUCGUCCCUUCUUUACCUACUUUAUGUUAUUCAUCUGCACAGUUUUGUUGAUUGCAUCCAUUGCGAUGAACGGAUGGGUUGUGGAGCCCUUGGAGGUGAAUCCAAUGAUUGGGCCAAGUGCACAAAAUCUGAUCCGAAUGGGAGCAAAAGACUCCUACUUGAUUGUAAACGAUAACGAAGCGUGGCGAUUGCUUUCGUCGACUGUGCUCCAUGCCGGUCUCGUGCAUUACUUUAUUAAUAUUCUUGCACUGUGGUUUGUUGGUAAAGCUAUUGAAACGAGCCAUGGUAUGGUGGCAGCUGCUAUCUUGUUUGUCAUUCCUGCCAUUGGAGGCACGAUUUUGAGCGCAAUCUUUCUACCAGAAUAUAUUACCGUCGGCGCCAGUGGCGGGAUCUUUGGUCUGAUCGGAGCCUGCCUUUCGGAUAUCAUCAUGAAUUGGAAGCUUCUCUUUUCGGAUUUCAUUACGGAAAAUGGCAAGCAGCACAAGCACGCGAUGGUUAUUGUCUUUUUGUUGCUCGAUAUUGCCCUCAAUAUGGUACUCGGAUGCACUCCCUAUGUGGACAAUUGGUCACACUUGGGUGGUAUGGGGAUUGGCCUUCUCUGCGGUCUAAGUACAAUGGAGAGGCUCCCAAGUGACUUUUUCGGAAUGGAGGAGAGCUUUUGGUCCAAAGCCAAGCAAAUUGUGUUUCGAUUCCUAGGUUUGAUCGUUAGUGUCAUUGGCAUUAUUGUCUCCGCUACUAUUCUGCUACGUGGUGACGGCGAAACAACCCCAUGCCCCAGCUGUACAUGGCUAUCUUGCGUUCCUUUCCCUCCUACUUCCAACCAAAAGUGGUGGUACUGUGACGAUUGCGGAAGAGUUACAGCCGAAAUUAUCCAAAACCCUACGCUCCACCUUCAACUUGAUUGUCCAGGUGGAACAAAUGUCGCGAUUGGACUAGAUGCUGACCAACCACUUGAUCGGAAAGAGUUGGAAGAGCAACUGCCUUCCUAUUGUCGCGAGUUUUGUCCAAGUCUAGAUGCCCGAUAA